AUGAUGGCGACGUGUACGGGCACGGCGGCGGUCAAGGUGGACCACACCGUAGACUCGAUCAGGUUCGAUCACCCCUCCAUCGGUGAGGUCACCGUGCGGCAGGACCUGGGGCUCGCGGGCGAGGACAGGGACGCCACCGCGCGGCUGUGCUGGGACGCGGCGUUCCCGAUGGCGCAGUUCCUCUGCGAGAACCCGACGCUGGUGACGGGGAGGGACGUCGUGGAGCUGGGAGCCGGGCCGGGAUUGCCCGGCGUCGUCGCGGCGAAGCUCGGUGCGUCGCGCGUGACGCUCACGGACCUCCCAUCCGAGCUCGAGCUCCUCAGAACCAACGCGUCUAUGAAUGGCUUUGGAGAUGAAGGCGGAGAAGCGGCGUCGUCGUCUUCAUCCACCGUCGACGUCGCGGCGUGUGCGUGGGGCGACGAGACGCAGAUUUCGCGGGUGGGUAAGAGGGACGUGGUGGUGUGCUCCGAUGUUUUAUACGGUCACCGCGCGGAUGUGGCCAGGGCGUUGGCGCGGACCAUGCGGGCGCUGGUCAAGGAUGACGGCAUCUGUCUGGUGGCAUACUUUAGCCGGGAGAAGUUGAUGCACGACCUGGCGUUCUUCGAGGAGUGCGGCGCUCUGUUCCGAGAUCCCACGCAUCUUACCGUGGCCGGCGUGGCCGAGGAGGACAAGGAAGACCUGUGGUUCUUCGAGUACCGGCCGAAGUAG